UCUGCCGGAAAGAAAAGAAGAAGAAGAAACAGCAGCAGUAGCAGUUGAGUACACCCAUUAGUAACAGCAUCUGGUGUUCCGUGUGAUUUACACAGACCCUGGACUUGUUUCUGGCCCAUUCUGUCCACCACUUCUCGGGUUUCACGUCGGAAGAGUCCUGAGAGUCGCAGCCCUGCAUUCCAAAAGGGAAGAAGAGUACUUCACCAUGAGCUCAGACGAUGGUGACAUGGAGAACCAGGCUGAGCUGGAAGAGAAGACGAGGCUCAUCAACCAGGUGUUGGAGCUUCAACACACUUUAGAGGACCUGUCUGCCCGAGUGGAUGCUGUCAAAGAGGAGAACCUGAAGCUGAAGUCAGAGAACCAGGUUCUGGGUCAGUACAUUGAGAACCUGAUGUCUGCCUCCAGUGUCUUCCAGACCACGGACACCAAGAGCAAACGGAAGUAAGGAGAACUUCUGAAAGGCCUGACCUAGAACGCAGUCCACGCCCUGGACCCAACCGGACUCUAAUGAUCCACAUGAUGGACCCUUGUAAUACUGCCUGUGCCGUAAACGUGGUUUCAUUCAGUGUGUGUGUGUGUGUGUGUGUGUGUGUGGUGGGAACACAAAGGCCUCAUCACAUCUUUGUUCAGAGCGACCAAUCGGCACCACAGCUUUGGAAGCGUGGAAGAGGAAUACAUUGUGUGAGCUGUGAAGGAAAAAAAAAAAAAAAAAAAAAAGCUCUCUCUUCAUAAGCAUGUUUUUCACUUUUAUUAUCCGCAUCUAACUUCACCUGUCGUCCCCGUAACCUCCAGUCCAGGAAGCUGCUGAGUAACAGCAGGUCAUAAACGCAUCCUCUACCAGGGACCAACAUACAGCACCUUAUUAAACCAGAUCGCUACAUGCUAAUGGCUAAUUCUGCACCCUGAGCCCUAGGGGUGCACGAUUCAGAAAAUGUCACGAUUCGAUAUUGAUUUUUAGGCUCAAGAUUCGAUUAAAAAAAAAAAGAUUCUCGAUUUAAAGAAAAAAAAAGAUUCACAGUAUAUAAAUGUUACUUUUCCCAUGUGAUUGCAGUAGACAUACAAUUAUAAAAAUAAAAUAUGAAUCGAUUUUUGAAUCGGUAGAGCUUGAAUCGCGAUUCGAAUGUGAAUAGAUUUUAUUUUUUGCAUACCCCUAGUGAGCCCGCAGCAACGCUUCCUUUGUGCAAUUAAUAAUGUAGCCCCCCCCCCCCCCACAGAGUUCCAAUGUUUACGAGGAUUUUGUGAAGGGAUCUUGUCCUUUGUCGGUGCACUGGAGACUCCUGCUGGUGUGUCUCCUCCUCCACACGGCACCGGGGAUUUCAUCCGUUUCAGCUUUUGUUAUUUAUUGGUCAGUAUUGCUGCCAUAGAUCUUAGAAUUAGUACUUGUUUUGUUAUAAAAAUGGAUAUCUGGUUACUCUCUGAAGAGAGGAAAGCCCCAGUCUUUGUCACUUUUGUGCUGCUGCAGUAAAUGGCACUAAACAGUUUGUAGACCACGCUUCACUUGUUAUUUAAACUUGUGUGUUUAGCCUCUCGAUAAAACCAGCGAAAAAUAUGCAUACUGUAUUUCAUGCAUACGUGUUGGAAUAUAUUUGACCCUGUUGCAUUUGUACAUGGUUUACAUAUGGUUGUUUCUGUUGCUAAUUUGAAAUGACUUUAGUUUAAUAAAGUGAUGAAGGUUUUUGAUGAAA